AUGGGAGCUAAUACGUCAAAGAGCGCAGGCAAGCACAAGGCAACAACAGCUUAUCACCAAAAGUUUGAAGACUUGGUAGACUUGGGUGCAGUCUUUCCUAAUGGUUUAUACCCAGCUACGGAACAAGAUUAUGACCCCAGGAUUGUAAAAAGCUUGAUUAUUGCAAGAAAGAUUGCACCAUUCUAUAAAGGCUUACCAGAUGCACCGGAGCCAAAAACAGAAACGACAGAUACAUUAUCACCACUAUCAUCACUUUCAGAACCAGAGCAUAAUAAUAAUAAUAACAAUAUAUCGGGUACAGUUAUGAAUAGAUCUCGUAGUGCAUCCUCAAGUAGUCGAGUACGAUAUGACCCUUAUGUGGAAAGACAGAAAGCAUACAUGGAGAAAAUGAAACAAAGAGAAAAGAUUUUAUACAAUGACGCUGUUGAAUGUCCUAUCUGCUUCUUGUAUUACCCAUCCAACAUCAAUUAUUCUCGCUGUUGUGAUCAACCUAUUUGUACAGAAUGCUUUGUUCAAAUUCAUAGACCUAUUGAAACCCCUUCUAUUCCCGCCACCUGUCCCUUUUGUAUGCAAGAAAAUUAUGGUGUCAUUUAUGAACCUCCUUCAUGGAGUGAAAAGUUUCAAGCUCGAUCAAGGAGUGGAUCACAUAGUACAAUGACCGGUACUAGACAUACAACUUCUGGUAUAAGUAGUGAAACAAGCAAUCCAAGAAGAGAAAGCGUGAGUCAUAAAGACCCAGAUGUAGUCCUUAUAGAUCACAUAAGACCCAAUUGGGAUAAAACGAAAACACCACACACUUCAUCAAGACCUGUAUCUCGAAGGAACUCAGCAUCAGCGGGUUCUCGUGGUUUGUUUAGAGCAGCGGGUUUACUGACAAGACCGGGUCGAUCCGCCUCAUCAGCUGCGGCUACUGAAUAUAAUCAAUUUUUAUCAAAUAUCAGAGAUGUAAAUAUGGAUUUGGAAGACUGGAUGGUGAUGGAAGCGAUACGCUUAUCUCUUGCUGAGCAAGAAGAACAUGAAAGAAAGGAAGCUUUAGACAAGAGAGAAAAUAAUAAUACAACUGGUGCUUCCACUAGUAACAGUAGACAAUAA